AUGACACUGCCACUCCCACUGUCGCCACAGACCACACCGCCGUGCACGCCGUCUCCGUCAUGGAGCAGCACGUCGGUGCUGUCGAGCCCCGAGCCGUCACCAGAGGUAUGGACGCCGCGCGAGAGCCCGUCGUGGUCGACCGCGCAGCUCCCCCUCGCCGCACCGGUGCCCGUCGCGCCUGUCGCCGCGGGCCCGUGGCCGUGCUUCUGGGUCGGCACGUUCCGCUCCCCGCCGCCGAGCCCCAAGCCCCCGACGCCGCCGCGUACCCCGCGCACCACCAUCUCGCACACGUACCACCCCGAGAUUGUCGACGCCAUCAUCGGCCUCUCGCCGCUCCCUUCGCUGCGUGUCCUCGCCGCCACGAACAAAAACCUCCGAGGCAAGGUUACCCCUCGGCUCCGCAGGCACAUUGUGCUGUCAUCCACUUCCAUGAUCUCGGGCCUUACCCUCGCCGCCGCGGACGGGGGCAGGCUCCCCGGUAUCCCUUCGUCACUGCCCACAUCAACGUCACCGCCGGCCCCGGCGACGCAAGCUGCACUCGACGACGCGCGUGUCGUGUCCUUUGCGUCCGCCGUGUGCCCAGAGUUCCUGCGCAAGUUUACCGACCAGGUGCGCAACGUCGACACGGUGCGCAUCCUCCCCCGCGCACUCACGGCCAACCUCACCUGGUUCUCCCCGCGCAACGAGUGCACGUUUGUAGUCUUCACCUCUGUCGACGAGCUACUGUCGUUGUACAUCCGCUUCCCCCAACUCCCCUCCUCCACCCGCCGACUGGUGAUCAACCUCGGCUGCUGCGAUGCGCGCGACACGGUCAUUGACGCGAUCAGCGUCGCUGUCAUGUCGUACGUCACGCACGUCGUCGACGAAAUCGUCGUCCUCUUCACCCGCCGUGAAGGGUGCGCCGGAUCGGCACUCGAGAGCGACGACUCGCCCACCUCGCUCGUCGACCUCAUCAUCAACGGCCUCACCUUCACGCUCGACCACGUCCGCUUCACCUUUGUCGACGUCGACGACAUUGGCAUUGCAGGCGAGGCGAACCUCGAGUCGGACCACUUCAAGGCAACCACCACCGCCCGCGUCACCGAGGUCCUCGGUGACCUCCGCUCCCAGGCCCAGUGGUGCUCCUGGGGCGACCCCGAGGAGUCGAAGCGCGCCCAGUGGUCCGACGACGAGCUCAGGACCAUGGCCCGCGGCAUGCGCUUCCUCUCGGCGCGUGAGUACAAAAGUCAGGUCGGUCAGUACCGGUACGACCUUGAGACAAGGGUGUAG